AGCAAAAUUUUACAUGAACAUUUGAAGCUGUUCGAUGUACGUUAGUGAAUUUUUGUUAUAAUAUUAUAGAUUUUGUUUAUGAAUUUACUUGUAACAGAAUGUCAUUUAUUAAGAAUAUGAGCGGUAUGGCCGUUCCUGCGAUGAGAAAUGAGUUUUGUGAAGCAGAUUGGGAAGCCACCACUCCAUGCCAACGCGAAGCCGUCGCCAGGCUCGGUAGAACUGUGCAACUGGAACAAGAGGCUUUUCUUUCUCAGAAUCCCAAGAUAAGGUACAUGUUGGAGACAUAUUUUGGCAAAUUGGUAACUGGUGGCAAAUCAAGGGAGAGCCUCAAGGACGCAGCAGCAAAAAUGAUCGAGAUUUGUGACGACCUCAACGAGAACCCCGGACCCGUGCCUCAAAAUUGCAAUGAAAAGCCUGUAUUUACCUACGAAGAUAAAGAUAUAGAAAGAGACCUAAAAAAUAUAUACACAAAACACUAUCCCCCUUCUCCUUGGGAGGUUUCAAGCUCGAUGAGGCCUACUCCGAACACACUGUCUUCGUCAUUCCUUUCAAUAGUGACUUCGGAAACCACAUUGCCUACACCAGAGCCUAUACCGACUCCGGAGCCGACGGUGUCCGAGUUGAUGCUGCAGAUGGUAUCGAAUACGGUGGACAAGGCCAUCUACAGCCAAGUGAAUGAAGGGGCGCUUCUCUACGACACCGCCUAUGUUGAACUGUCCAAGGCGGUCGAGGAAGCAAUGGAGAUACCCGUCAUUGAGAUCAGAGCUGACAUAGCCGACCUAUUGUUCAGGGCUUACCGACUGUUUGAAUUGAAUAUUAUAGAAAAAGAACGGAUUGCUGCCGAAAUAGCCUGGGAAAAAAGGAUGCGAAAGAAGUUGAAGAGGACAUUACGACGCUUACAUAAUUUCAAAGGUUACGAGACCCCACCAACCCCCAAGAGCGAAAUUUCUUCACACCCAAGCUACAAGGUGCCACCGCCACGACCUUGCGCCUGCCACCCACAGUUUUAUUACAACAGGUACCCGAAGGAUCGAUUCGGCAUCUACCUUCCACGAGGUGAAGAGUUCAGCAACGAAAGCGUUACCGCACCAAUAGCAUUCGCGGAAGAUGAAUCAAACAAAACAGAAAGUAAUGAAAUUAAUGAAGCAGGUUCUAACCUAGUUCUACGCCUGCUAAGUCGGGCAUGCAUGAAUCAACGCCGCCAAUAACAGCCACCAACUAACUCAGCGCCUACCGAUACUGACGGUGUUUGAAAUACAGAUAAGUAGUAUAAUUUAUGUUGAUCUUCACUUGUAAUGAAAACAUGGAAAAAUAAAAAUAA